GCGGCGGCUGCCCGGGAAAAGCUCACUGAUCCCCCCCGGGAGGCGGAGAAAGGAGUCGCGCUGCACUCAAUUGUUGUGGUAAUCCUUGGCAGGCAGCAUUCUGCUCCGGUACCAAAACCAAACAAAAAAGCAUAAAUCCAUUCACCUACAAUGCCUGCUGAUCCGUGGGUUGGAACAUGGAGACCUCACCGCCCGAGAAUGGCGGUUGCAGCAAUGUACAGCGGCCCAGGUCCCAAAUACCUCCUGCCAGGACACACAGGUUAUACUGGCCAUGAUACAACAACAUACAGGGCUCCUGCUUAUUCCUUGGCUCAACGCCUUCCAGGAGCAAAGGACAGUGGCACACCUGCACCAAAGUCAAUCCCAGAAAAGAUGACUCACCAUGGGAAGGACACUGUCCCUGCAUGGACAAUGGGUCAUCGACCGAGGGACAUUGACCCGAGUAAAACACCAGGGCCAGCAAAUUACCGGACAGAUCCUGCAAAUAAAUUAGUUCACCGCUCUGUUCCAGCCUACUCCAUGGCUUUGCGGACCGUUGGGCUCAAGGGAAGUGAUGGCCCAGGACCUGCACGAUACAAGGAUGUACGCGUAUUUGGGCCGAACAUUCCACAUUUGAAAGCAGCACCUGCUUACACCAUGUCACAAAAAACAGCAUUUGGGAGCAUGCUGAGUAACAUUGUAAAAACUCCAGGGCCAUGUGCAUAUAAACACGUGGACACUGAUGUAUUCAAAAACAGAGCACCAAAGUACACCAUAGUGGAACGCAAUAUGAUUCCAGGAGACACCACAUUGAAACCAGGACCUAAUCGUUACAGGCCAGAAGAUGUAAAUGUGCAUAAAAACUAUCCCAAGUACACUUUUGGAAUCCAUCAUUCCGACUUCGUUGCACCUCUUAUUGUGACACCCUCGGACUGAGAAUCAACUACACAACCAGCCGCAAUUCCCGGCAUAAUCCUGUAUUGCUAAAAUGUCAAUUGUACUUCUUAAAAAAAAUCUUUCAUUUAAAUACCUAAUUCUUUUUCACCCUGUGUGUGUGAUGUAUAACCUGGAAGCUUUCUUCAUUAUGAUUUUGGUGAUGAAGCUUAACAACCCCCAAUCCCAACAAAUACCAUGCACUUGUCAAUGUCCCAAAGACAGAGAUUUCCAGGUUAGUUCCAGGUCUAAGUGACAGAUGGACUCCAAACGUAUUUACCCUUUAGGAACUCAAGCAGAGAUUCAGCGGUGAUUGUUACUUUUCAUCCUUCAGGUAUGCCAAGUAAUUUUGAGACUGCAUGACCUGACAUUUUCAUGGUCAGGAGGGAAUAGACAAGUGAAUCCUCUGCAUUCAUUUCUUCUUUAAUUUGGCUACUGUGGAUUUGUGUUGGGGAUUAUAAUAAAAAUGGUUCUGGAUGAUGCAGCACAAUUUGUGGAAUGGCUUUAAUUUUUUUUUCAGUCUUACUGAUUCAGAUUCAGAUUCAAUCUUUAUUGUCAUUGUGCAGUGUACAGUACAGAGACAACGAAAUGCAAUAGUGAAGGUAGGCACAGAAGGUGUAUCUGCUUGCCUUUGCAUCUCAUUUAGAUCCCAAUUGCCUUUGCAUCUCAAUUGCUGGCAUUAAAGAAGAUAGAUGGGUAUUUAGUUUGGGUAGAAAGGAACUGCAGAUGCUGGUUUACACUGAAGAUAGACACAAAAUGCUGGAGUAACUCAGCGGGACAAGCAGCAUCUCUGGAUAGAAGGAAUGGUUGAAGUUUCGGGUUGAGACCUUUCUUCAGACUGAGAGUCAAGAGUGAGGGAGACACAGAGACAUGGAAGGGUAAGGUGCAAAAACGAGAUAUCAAAGGGGACGAAGAACAAGGAAAAUGUAGAAUAGAUCAUUGUUAGCUAGGGGAAGGUGACAACGAAGCAUACAAAGAUAUACAAAUUUGGACAAAGACCAGACUGGUCGGAGAACUAGGAUGGGGGAGGGAUGGAGAGAGAGGAAAAGCUAAGGUUACUUGAAAUUAGAGAAGUCGGGGUUGUAAGCUGCUUAAGCGAAAUAUGAGGUUGGUGAGAUGAAAUAUUAGUUUGAUGAGCUCAGCCAAACCAGACCAUCAGGCAAAAUAAAAUUCUCUUGGUUUUGUUUUGGAUGGGAGCCAAAGGGGAUUCAACCCUUGUUCCUCCAGUCGUGAUCAGAAAACACUGCUUCAGUGAUUAUUAGAGAAGAGAAAUGAGUUUGCCCUGGUGGAGCCUGGAAAAAUUAUUAGGGUUGGGAUCACUUCAGUGGUGGGAUGGUGAAAUACUAAAACUGAGAAGAAUUUACAACAUUUACCACUGAGAAUGACUCGAGAGGGUUUGUACUAUGAGUAUGAUGAUAUGGGGUUUAUUGUGCUGAGAGAGAGAGAGAGUAAUUUGCGAUUAAGAAAAUCUAAAAUAAACAUGGUUAUGGCAGGGCAAUAUUUUCCAAAUCAAUGGAAGAAAUGGGAGAUAGUUACAAUAAGAAAAAUAAUAAUAUUUUACUUUUGUGCAAAGGAAAUAUCAAUAUGUACAAACUGUCUGAAUGUGUUAAUAAAAAUAAAAAGUAUGCCUUUCACUUAAAUUAAUCUGUGUAAUUCACUUCAACUCCAGUUUCUCAUCAUUCUAUGGCUGUAAAAGUUUAUUGUAAAUUCCGUUUGAUUUCUUGGUGGCAGCUUUCUGUUGACAGCUUCUAUUCUCCUGUUCCUUAUAAGUGGAAAGG